AUGGUGGAGUUAUUUUAUACGUUAUGUCCGGCACUGAAGUGGUUGAAAGACGGCACGAUAUUCGAGAGCUCACGACAACGUGAUAAGCCAUACACUUUCGUUCUUGGAACGGUGCAGGCGGUCAAAGGCUGGAACAAAGGAUUAUUGGGAAUGUGCGAAGGCGAAAUAAGGAAGCUGGUAAUUCCUUCCAGUAUGGGUUAUGGACCAAAAGGCGUGGCGCCCCUUAUUCCAGGCAAUGCAACUUUAUACUGGGAAGUGGAACUACUGAAGAUCGAGCGCGAACCAGAGCUGUGA